CUGAGCGCCGCGAUCCGAGUGCUGGGUCGCUCGUGGCUAGGCUGCACUCCAGCCGGAGGGAGGUGCAGCUCUCCCCGGGUCGCACUUCCUGAGUCCAGGAGCUGUCCCGGGUGGGCGCGGCAGGUUCUCAGCAUAGCCCUGAACACUUGUCCCAAGACAGGAGACCCCUGGACCUCCUGGCAGGUACUCCUGCCUCCCCUUCUGGGGCAGCUGCCACCAUGUUCUCCUGCGUGAAGGCCUAUGAGAACCAGAACUACGCGGCCCUGAAGCGCGGCUGUCUGCGCAGGAAGGUGCUCUUCGAGGACCCCCACUUCCCUGCCACAGAUGACUCACUCUACUACAAGGGCACCCCAGGACCUGCCGUUAGGUGGAAGCGACCCAAGGACAUCUGCGAGGACCCCCGCCUCUUUGUGGAUGGUAUCAGCUCCCACGACCUGCACCAGGGCCAGGUGGGCAACUGCUGGUUUGUGGCUGCCUGCUCGUCACUGGCCUCCCGGGAGUCUCUGUGGCAGAAGGUCAUCCCAGACUGGAAGGAGCAGGAGUGGGACCCUGAGAAGCCUGACAGCUACGCUGGCAUCUUCCACUUCCACUUUUGGCGCUUUGGGGAGUGGGUGGACGUGGUCAUUGAUGACCGGCUGCCCACAGUCAACAACCAGCUCAUCUACUGCCACUCCAACUCCCGCAAUGAAUUCUGGUGCGCCCUGGUGGAGAAGGCCUAUGCCAAGCUGGCGGGCUGUUACCAGGCCCUAGAUGGAGGCAACACCGCAGAUGCUCUGGUGGACUUCACGGGGGGUGUUUCUGAGCCCAUCGACCUGACCGAGGGUGACUUUGCCAAUGAUGAGGCCAAAAGGAACCAGCUGUUUGAGCGUGUGCUGAAGGUGCACAGCCGGGGAGGCCUCAUCAGCGCCUCUAUCAAGGCAGUGACAGCAGCUGACAUGGAGGCACGCCUGGCGUGUGGCCUGGUUAAGGGCCACGCAUAUGCUGUCACCGACGUGCGCAAGGUGCGCCUAGGCCAUGGCCUGCUGGCCUUCUUCAAGUCGGAGAAGUUGGAUAUGAUCCGCCUGCGCAACCCCUGGGGCGAGCGGGAGUGGAACGGGCCCUGGAGUGACACCUCAGAAGAGUGGCAGAAGGUGAGCAAGAGUGAGCGGGAAAAGAUGGGUGUGACGGUUCAGGACGACGGUGAGUUCUGGAUGACCUUCGAGGACAUGUGCCGGCACUUCACGGACAUCAUCAAGUGCCGCCUGCUUAACACCUCCUACUUAAGCAUCUAUAAGACUUGGGAGGAGGUGCAGCUGCGAGGGGCCUGGACCCGGCACGAGGACCCCCGGCAGAACCGCAGUGGGGGCUGCAUCAACCACAAGGACACUUUCUUCCAGAACCCACAGUACAUCUUUGAGGUCAAGAAGCCAGAAGAUGAAGUGCUGAUCUGCAUCCAGCAACGGCCCAAGAGAUCUACCCGCAGGGAGGGCAAAGGCGAGAACCUGGCCAUUGGCUUUGACAUCUACAAGGUAGAAGAGAACCGCCAGUACCGCAUGCACAGCCUGCAGCCCAAGGCCGCCAGCUCCAUCUACAUCAACUCCCGCAGUGUCUUCCUGCGCACAGAACAGCCUGAGGGCCGCUAUGUCAUCAUCCCCACCACCUUCGAGCCAGGCCACACCGGCGAGUUCCUGCUCCGCGUCUUCACAGAUGUACCUUCCCACUGCCGAGAACUGCACCUGGAUGAGCCCCCCCGCACCUGCUGGAGCUCCCUGUGUGGCUACCCCCAGCAGGUGACCCAAGUCCAUGUCCUGGGGGCUGCUGGCCUGAAGGAUACCACGACAGGGGCCAACUCUUAUGUGAUCAUCAAGUGUGAGGGGAACAAGGUUCACUCGCCUGUCCAGAAAGGGACCUCAAUGCCAGAAUAUAAUGUGAAAGGCAUUUUCUACCGCAAGAAGCCAGGCCGCCCCAUCACUGUCCAGAUCUGGAACCACCGACUCCUGAAGGAUGAGUUCCUGGGCCAGGUGCACCUGAAGGCUGAGCCUGAUGACCUCCAGGCCCUACACACCCUGCACCUCCGAGACCGCAGCAGUCGGCAGCCCAGCGACUUACCAGGCACCGUUGCUGUGCGCAUCAUUAGCAGUGCCUCCCUCACGGCCAUCUGAUGCCUGUCCGUCUGCCUGGCCAUAAUUCUGACCACCACCUGCAUGUCCUCACCAGGAGACCUGGGACCAGGCUGGGAGCCAACACUAGGGUCCUUUUCCCACUCUUCCUCUGACUUGCUAUGUGACCUUGGUGACCUCUUCACCCCUCAGAGCCUCAGUGUCCUGAGGAUCCCAAAGUAUUCCCUUCUUCUAAGGGAGGCUUCCUGCCUCAAUUGAAAGUAGCCCUGCCACUCCAGCUGUCACCACUGCUAAGGGACUCUAUCUGUUGAAAGGCUCUGCUGCCUGCUGAGGAGUGCCAAGAAGAUGUCACUUGUUUACAUACAAACUGCUCUGCCCAAGCCUCAUCCUGGCCCUUUGCUUCCCAGGCCCACUUCUAACCGCCAGACCUCCCUUCCCAUGGGACCUACACCAGGUCUUCAGACCACCUUGAAAGGACUUGCCGGGUACCUGCUAGGUUCCUGCUUAGGCUAGAAAUGUGUGGGUGGCAUUUGUCCAUUCUCUAAUCCUUUCCAUGCCCCCAUCCACUUAUUAACCCUGUAGAGAUUUGCCCUUUGAAUAAGCAAAGUCCGGGAGGCUCCAGGGGAUUGGCCUGGGCCCUGGCCUCUGCCCUUAGGUCUCCUCAGAGGCAGAUCCUUGGAUGAGCUGCAGCUGCUGGCUUACUCCAGGCUCUGAUGUUACCCACAGUGCCUGGUGUGAGGUCCCAGGAAAGAGUGGCCAUGAGUGAGGAAGGGGUACUUCCUGCCUCUGCUGCCCAAUGUGGAAAGGAGUGUGCCCAGCUAGUGCGUCAGGUGGGGGGAGGGCCCAUGGCAGAGGCUUCUGCUGCAAGGCUCCUAGGGGAAAGGCUCUGCUGUGGGAGAUGCCACCCCUGGGAUCGUGUCACCUAGUGGGCAUGGUAGGAGGGAGGUAGCUCUGUUGCCUGGCCAGAGGCCACUCCCCCAAGAGCCAGGGAGGCCAGUGCUCUUCUUGCUGUCUGGACCAAAAUGUUCUUUUUAGUCCUCACUGUUUUAUAUUCUUUCUGUUUUAGAAAUCUCAAUUUUAACCAGGGUGUUUUUCAAGAAGCCCUGAGCCCUCCUUUUCUUCCUUGAAUUCUAGUGUUAUCGGUCUUCUGAUUUUAUUUUGAUCUCAACUGGGGAGGAAAGUGGAUGAAACCAGACCUUCUCAGAGAUGAUCUGGAAGAGGGUGAAGAGGAAGGUAUUUGUAUCUGGACAUCUGUUGGCUGGUGCCAACUUUGUCCCUGAAGAACUCUUGCCUGCUGGUGCCAUGAUCCGCUUUGGGUCUCCUCAGCACCCUCUUUGGCCUUCAGACCAGACACAGCAAUUAAAUGAGGAGCGCAUCUGGUUCAAGAGCAGGAAUUCCUUUUGGGACCGUGCACUUGGACUCCAGGCCUUGAAGUGUGGGCUGGUGACCUGGCGGGAGGUGCUGGAUCCUCUGAUUUGGCGUCCUUGCUCCCCAGCUGGCUGUGCUCCUGGAUCCUGGCCCUGGGCCAUAGGAGAGGCCAGGACCCAAAAGACAAUAGUACGAGAGGAUUCCUUCUCAUAAGCUGGAGCUUCCCUCGAGAACCUGGGACUGGAACUCUGCACGUGAUCAGGAACCAGUCACUUAAACCUCCUGUGCCUCGAUUUCUCCCUCUGCAAAGUUCUUCCUACUUUUCAGCACUCUUGCCAGCAAGUGCUGAGUAAGGGCAAGGGAAUGCCCCACCUCCGAGUGUGUCCCUGGAUGCUUACACACUAUACACGCAAUCACGUAAUCACCACUUUUCAAUGUCUUCGAAAUUAGGACACCCAAGUCAGUGCUGGAGAGGAGAGCACUAAGCAGCCUGGCCUCGGGCUGAUGUGGGAGUCUUCUGUUCAGCCAUAUCCCCCUGCGACACAGGGGCAAAUCAGGACUAGGUGGCAAGCCAGUGUGGGCUUCAGCCUGGGGGCCACAGUACCUCCCACCCCCAGCCAACUGUCUACAGCCCUCUGGAUAGGCCAGGCUGGCUCCUGGCUGUGUGACUUAUGUCCCUAGGAGUCCUGGGGGACUGGAUAGGUGAGGAUGGAGGGUGGGUCUAGGAGAGCAAUUAUUUUGUUCACUUUCUCACCCAAUAAGCCCACAACCCACACCACUCAGACCUGGAUUCCGCUGCUCUCAGGGCCCACCACGGAGUUAGGGGAGAGGAAGCCUGCUCGCUCUCAGAAUAAAUGUUACCGCAAUUCCA